AUGGAACCAAUUUCCCUUAACUCUCACGGGUUCGUUAACCUCCUUGCCUCCCAGAGCAGUCAACCAAUAGAUAUUGGUUGUUCUGAGGUUCCAAAACCUGCGGAAAGGCGGAAGUGGACAGCCAAAGAAGAUGUGGUGCUGAUCAGUGCUUGGUUGAACACCAGCAAGGAUCCAAUCGUGAGUAAUGAGCAGAAGGCUGGCUCAUUUUGGAAGCGCAUAGAGGAGUGUGUGAAUGCAAGCCCUCUGCUCGUUGGCUCCGUUCCUAGGGAGUGGAGUCAAUGUAAGCAGAGGUGGGGUAGGGUUAAUGAACAGGUUUGCAAGUUCGUGGGAUGUCACGAAGCUGAUUUGAAGAAGCAAGCCAGUGGACAAACUGAGAAUGAUGUCAUGAAGGCGGCUCAUGACAUCUUCUUUAAUGACUACAAUGCCAAGUUCACUCUUGAACAUUGUUGGAGGGGGCUUCGGUUUGAUCAAAAAUGGAGAUCCCACAACUCGACACGAGAUGGUGAAAAGGAGAAGAGGAAGGAACCUGCGGAGGAGGUGGGUGGCGAGGAAGAUGUUAGGCCUCCCGGUGUGAAGGCUUCCAAAGAAGCAAAACGCAAGAAACACUUCAAUGAACCAGCGUUUGAUCAGAUAGAGAGCAUUUUAGAGGUCACGGGUUCAAGGAGGAGGAUGCGUGUGGACGUGGUUGUAGGUCUCGGUUUCUUUAUGUAUCAUAUCAAGUCACAGCAAGAAAAAGAUCAAUCAAUAAUGUCUUCCUCAUCAAGCGAUGAAGCAGAUAAAGCUUUUGAUGAAAUGGUCGACAAAGUUGUUGAUAAUUUCAUAGACACAAUAGUUGAUGGUCAAACCAACUACCGGAAGAAACGAGCUUAUAUCGAAAGAGAUCGAGAGCGAGGACACAAUCAACUAUGGAAAGACUAUUUCAUGGAAAAUCCUACAUACCCACCUGAAAUGUUUAGGAGGCGUUUUCGAAUGAACAAACCACUGUUCCUUCGCAUUGUCGAGCGUCUAAGUAGUGAAGUUCCAUACUUUUAG